CACCAACAGUGGAGCUGCGGCCGGCUGGAGUCGAUGGACCGGCUCGCAGGCUUGGCAUCCGAAGAACGGGUUCAUUCAUGCCUAGGCAAACCCUGAGACAAGACCUGCAACGGGAAAGGAAAUUGUUUAUAAGUUUUGACGCACACACGAUGUCCUUGGACUGAGCGAUUCGUCUGAUGUGGCCGAUGAGGGAACUUCUGGCACCCCAGCUCCUCCUUCCUUGCUCUUUUUCAUCCCCGCGAUGGAUGGACAGGGCAAGUGCGACCGACGUUGGGUUGGGUUGCACUUUCGCCCGCUGGUGAUGCUCAGCCCACCGCCAAUCCAUCCAUGAUCUCAAUCCGUCCAUCCCACGCAUCGCGAACCUGUUCAGCUGCUGCCCGUGACCAUCAUUUCGAGUCGCUGUGGCCACCAUGGCAUGGUCAGAAGAAGCCAACAAGUUCGCCCCAGCCUCCCUCCGCCUGCGACGGCCCACGGGGUCGCGCCCCCGCAAGGACCUCCAGGGACGCCCUCGCGCGUCAGCCAUGACUUGUUUCGUUUCAUAGGGAUAUUUACAGUUUGCAAGAUGUGAGGCACGCGACUGCUGUGGGCGGCGAUCCGGCCCGCCGCCGCGAGCUUGCACUGCCUCCGGCCCAACUGCGUGACAGUUGGUUCGAUGCUGCUACUGAGGCUGCUGGCCCUUGCCGCGAAACCCAUCUUGCAUCUCUGCCUGCUCAUCCUUGUCUUACAUGCCCGCCGCGGCUGAAUAGGCUGUGCAGCUUCCGCGAUGCCGCUCACUCUGUCCGUUCUCUUGUUGAGGCCGAGACUCGUGGUAGACUCGGGGUAGAUGCUUUGGGCGGAGCAACUGCAUCGGCAAUGAGUCUUCACUCUCCUCCUCGCGAUUUGCCUCUGUCGGUCGCCAAAACGGGUGGCGCUCCGUGGCGUUUUGUACGACAAGCUCGCGAGAUGGCUGCCCGCCCGCAGACAACGGACGGCCUGGCGCUUAUGCACGUCCCCAGUAGUUCAGCGGGAGCCGUAUGCCACCCAUUCAGCCUCGAUCCGAGACCAGGAGAGCCUCACAAAUCCAUCACUCGUGUCUCAGCCGGGCGCUGCACGUAUUUCAUGGCCGCAUGCCCCCGCGUGAUUGUCGAGCGGAGAGUCGGCCUGCGAUUCCGCACUCAGACUUGACGGCCGUAUUGUGACCCGCCACGGAACACACUGUCAUGGAGGACGUCUUCCAAAACCUCAGCUUCCUCGAUCAAUGGAACUACAAGUCAACAGACGACUCGUCAUUCAAGGUCGCCGAGCUAUGGCUACAGAAAACUUCGGGCAAGAUCUCGGUCAAGAGCCAGACCGUCGAGGCUGGGGGCAUCAAUCGUUGGCUGUCUCAACGAACCCGCGGCUUGGGCGAUCAAGAAGAGUCGGUUAUCUUGCGAGUUAUUUGGGCAGAGAUCAGUGUCCUGGAUAAGACUAUCAACAUAUCAGAGGCGGUCCAAGAUGAGCUCCUUGGCAAGUUGGGCUUGAAAGUUGCUCACGGGUACUCGCGCUCCCUCAUAUCCGGCGUGACAGCAUUUCCGCCUCGCUCAUCGAACCCGGCCCUGGACAGCCGCGCAUACUCAAUCUGCUACGUCCCUAAGCUCGCCGCCCUGUGGUCACAUACCCGCUCGAUCACGCCAGAUGGGCCGCCUCCCAUCACAAACUGCAUCAUGUUUGUCCAGAGAGAUGAGAAGGCCGGCUUGCAGCAGUGCCUCAACAUGUCGUGGGACCUUAACAUCUGUCGCAAUCCGAUGUUCCCUGCAUUCGCCCUCGCCCUCCUCCUCGGUACCCAGAUCGACAAGUCAAACGGAGACAUCAAAGUACAGAUCCGCAAAAUCGAGAAGCGAACGGGGUACUCGACAUUUACUAGCAGGCAGGCCGACAAGCCAGCCGAGGAGGAGCUCGGCGAGCUGUCCGCGCAGACCAGCGGGAGCGCCGCCAAACUUGCCAGCACGAUGAGGAAGACGAAGAGCCUAGAGAGGGUGCUUGAUUGGAUUCUGAAAAUGCUUGCUGAAGAAGAAAGCCGCAUGCAGCAAAUCCAGACUCAGCGCGGAGGGAUUCUUGAUGCAGAGCAGUCGACGCAAGAAGGAUCCGACUUGCUCAAGUCGCACGUGGACAUACUCCGAGAGCGGUCAAAGAAUCAGUUCCUGGAUACCGAGUAUACUCUCAAGAGGACCGAGGUCCAAGUGCAUGCGCUUUUCAGCAUCAUUACCCAGCAAGACAGCCUGCGCAACCUCGCCCUCGCCCAAGACACGCACGCAAUCGCCUACCACAGCUACCGGGACUCGUCCUCGAUGAAGACACUCGCCGUCGUCACCAUGUUCUUCCUCCCCGGCAGCUUCAUCUCGGCCCUCUUCUCGACGGCCUGCUUCGACUGGGAGGCGGCGGACAAGCACGGCACCGACAUUGGCGUCCGCCCGACGUCCCAGUUCAGGCUCUACUGGGCCAUCACCAUACCGCUCACCCUCAUGACGUUCACGCUGUACUUUCUCUGGCUGUAUAUCCAGAAGCGUGACAGGGACCGCAAAUUGGAGGGCAAGGCAGCGGCGCUGAACUACGCCCAGAGCGAGAAGGAGCGCAACUUGGAGGAGGCGGAGGGGCAUUACCUCGCGCGGAGGAGGCGGACCAUGGACCCGAGGGUGCAGACCAUGUACAGCACGUGGAAUACCAAGUGAGACGUCGGGCUCGUGGAGGAAUAGCGUUUUUUAUUUGGUGUGAUGAUACAGCGGUCACGAA